AUGCGACCCAGUUCAUAUCCAAUUGGACUCAAACCAAGGAGCAUAUUUGCUUCAGAGGAGGUGAAGUUCCAAAAGUGGCACAAGAAUGGAGAGUAUUGCCCCGAGGGAAGCAUCCCAAUUGUGAGAGUGAGAUCUUUGGCGGGUGAUUUCCCCGAAAAGAAGGCACAUCCUUUCUCAUUUUCGACCAACACAGUAACGCCAGCCGGAUCUAAAGCCGAGUAUGCUGCAGCGUUUUUUCCUGGAUCGGGCUUCCAUGGAGCAAUGGGUGAUAUUAAUGUAUGGAACCCAAACACGAAAGAAAAAGAGCAAAGUGCAGCUCAGUUAUGGGUUACAGAUGGCGAAGGCGAAGAUAUCGAUACCAUUGAGGCUGGGUGGACGGUCUCGACAUACACCAAUCAUCCAACCCUCUUCGUAUACUGGACCGCGGAUGACUAUAAGACUACAGGAUGUUACAAUAUGGGUUGUCCUGGCUUCGUUCAAACUAACCACAAGAUUGCGCUUGGGGCCUUCCUAGACCCUGCUUCUACUUAUGGUGGCAAGCAACUGUUCGUCAGCAUACUAAUCUACAGGGAUGAUGAGAAUGGAAACUGGUGGUUCAACGUUCAAGGCCAAGACGUGGGAUACUGGCCGCCAGACAUCUUCAAUGGCGGCCUAAAGGGAACCGCCAGCUUGCUUGAGUGGGGAGGCGAGAUUGUUAAUUCAAACCCAGGAGGGCUUCAUACAAGUACUGGAAUGGGCAGCGGCCACUUCCCAAGCGAAGGAUAUGGGAAAGCAGCUUGGUUUAAGAACUUGAAAUAUAUAUCUGAUGGUGGCCGGGAGGUCAGAGACGCUCAGGGAAUAACACCCUACGCAACCAAGCCUAAUUGUUACGACAUAGACCUCAAGGAUUGGGAUUCUGAUAUGGAGGUCCAUUUUUACUUUGGGGGUCCUGGCUACUCUUCUACUUGCCAGAAUUAAUCUUCAUACAUAAUCAUACACCUAGGAUUGUUUUCCAUUUCCAAUAAUAAAUAAAUAAAUGUUUU